AGCUGAUCCCUGUGAUUCCCAGGGAAUUGAUCCCUGUGAUUCCCAGUGAAUUGAUCCCUGUGAUUCCCAGGGAAUUGAUCCCUGUGAUUCCCAAGGAAUUGAUCCCUGUUUUUCCCAAAGAGUUGAGGAAUUGAUCCCUGUUAUUCCCAAGGAACUGAUCCCUGUGAUUCCCAAGGAAUUGAUCCUUGUAAUUCCCAAGGAACUGAGGAUUUGAUCCCUGUCAUUCCCAGGGAAUUGAUCCCUGUCAUUCCCAGGGAAUUGAUCCCUGUCAUUCCCAAGGAAUUGAGGAAUUGAUCCCUGUGAUUCCCAAGGAAUUGAUCCCUGUGAUUCCCAGGGAAUUGAUCCCUGUGAUUCCCAGGGAAUUGAUCCCUGUUAUUCCCAGGGAACUCAUCCCUGUGAUUCCCAAGGAAUUGAGGAAUUGAUUUGGGAAGGCUCUCCCUGCUUUUAUAUCCCAGAAUUUUGGGAUAUAUCUUAGGAUUUGGGAGGUUGGAUUUGGGAAGGAUUUUCCUCUUUUGUAUACCAGAAUUUUGGGAUGUCUCUCAGUAUUUGGGAGGUUGGAUUUGGGAAGAGUUUUCCUCUUUUUUUAUAUCCCAGAAUGUGUUUGGGAGCUUGGAUUUGGGAAGGGUCUCCCUGGUUUUAUAUCCUGGAAUUUUGGGAUGUCUCUCAGUAUUUGGGAGGUUGGAUUUGGGAAGAGUUUCCCUCUUUUUUUAUAUCCCAGAAUGUGUUUGGGAGGAUGGAUUUGGGAAAGGUCUCCCUGGUUUCAUAUCCCAGAAUUUUGGGAUACACCUCAGGAUUUUGGUGGCUGGAUUUGGGAAGGAUAUCCCUGUUUUUAUAUCCCCAAAUUUUGGGAUGUCUCUCAGGAUUUGAGAGGUUGGAUUUGGGAAGGCUCUCCCUGUUUUUAUAUCCCAGAACUUUGGGAUGUAUCUCAGGAUUUUGGAGGUUGGAUUUGGGAAGGGUUUCCCUCUUUUCCAUGUCCCUGAGGGUGUUUGGGAGGUUGGAUUUGGGAAGGGUCUCCCUGUUUUCUAUCCCAGAAUUUUGGGAUGUCUCUCAGGAUUUGGAGGUUGGAUUUGGGAAGGGUCUCUCUCUUUUAUAUCCCAGAAUUUUGGGAUGUCUCUCAGGAUUUUGAUGGCUGGAUUUGGGAAGGGUUUCCCUCUUUUAUAUCCCAGAAUUUUGGGAUGUAUCUCAGGAUUUGGGAGGUUGGAUUUGGGAUGAGUCUUCGUGUGUUUUAUAUCCCAGAAUUUUGGGAUGUCUCUCAGGAUUUGGGAGCUUGGAUUUGGGAAUAAUUUUCCUCUUUUUUUAUAUCCCAGGAUGUGUUUGGGAGGUUGGAUUUGGGAAACUUCUCCCUGGUUUUUGUGUCCCUGAGGGUGUUUUAGGGAUGUGGGGGUUGGAUUUGGGAAGGGUCUCUCUCUUUUAUAUCCCAGCAUUUUGAGAUACACCUCAGUAUUUUGGAGUUUGGAUUUGGGAAGGGUCUCCUUCUUUUUUAUAUCCCAGAAUGUGUUUGGGAGGUUGGAAUUUGGGAAGGGUCUCCCUGUUUUUAUGUCCCAGAAUUUUGGGAUGUAUCUCAGGAUUUUGGGAGGUUGAAUGUGGGAAAGAUUUCCCUCUUUUAUAUCCCAGAAUUUUGGGAUACAUCUCAGGAUUUGGAAGUUGAAUUUGGGAAGGGUCUCCCUGUUUUUAUAUCCCAGAAUUUUGGGAUACAUCUCAGGAUUUUGGAGCUUGGAUUUGGGAAGAGUCUCCCUGUUUUAUAUCCCAGAAUUUUGGGAUACACCUCAGGAUUUUGGGAGGUUGGAUUUGGGAAGGGUCUCCCUCUUUUUUUAUAUCCCAGAAUGUGUUUGGGAGGAUGGAUUUGGGAAGGGUCUCCUUCUUUUUAUAUCCCAGAAUUUUGGGAUGUCUCUCAGGAUUUUGGGAGGUUCCUGCUUUUCCCUCCCACCCAUCCCCGCUCCCUGGCGGUUGAGGAGCCAGAGGGUGAAACCCUGGAGUGUUUUUUGGGGCCAAAUCCCGGGAAUUGAGUGGGAAUUGUUUGGGAAUUGUGUCCUUGCAGAGCCUUUGGAGUGAAGAUGAAGGUCGGGGCUUUCAGCUGCUGAGGAGGAGCCCCCGCGGCGUUUCAGACUCGGGAUCUGGAGGCAGCUGUGCCCGGAGCCACGGCCGAUAGAUGGACAAGCCAAGCAAGUUGUGACUCGGCAGCGGCUUCUGGGACACAAUUCCAUGGCAAUGUAUCCUACAAGGGUGUCCGGUGAGGAGUGCAAUGGGAUCAACAGCGUGUCGGCCGAGAGCGGCCCCGGCACGCGGCUGAGGAACCUGCCGGUGCUGGGGGACGGGCUGGACACCGCCCCGAUGGCCACGGCGCCCGCCCAGGCCCAGCCCCAGCCGGGGGGCGGCGUCGGGGGCAACCCCCCCCCUCCGGAGACCUCCAACCCCAACAAGCCCAAGCGCCAGACCAACCAGCUGCAGUACCUGCUCAAGGUGGUGCUCAAGACGCUCUGGAAGCACCAGUUCGCCUGGCCCUUCCAGCAGCCCGUGGACGCCGUCAAGCUCAACCUCCCCGAUUAUUACAAGAUCAUCAAAACCCCGAUGGACAUGGGAACAAUAAAGAAGCGCUUGGAGAACAAUUAUUACUGGAACGCUCAAGAAUGUAUCCAGGAUUUCAACACCAUGUUUACAAACUGCUACAUCUACAACAAGCCGGGGGAUGACAUCGUGCUGAUGGCAGAGGCCCUGGAGAAGCUUUUCCUGCAGAAGAUCUCGGAGAUGACGCAGGAGGAGACCGAGAUCGUCAUCGCCCAGACCAAGGGCCGGGGCCGCGCGCGCAAGGAAGCAGUGACGUCCAAGCCCGGCUCGUCGUCGGUCCCGAACGCCGCUCAGGCCUCGUCGCCGGCGCCCCCGCAGAGCCUUCCGGCGGCCCCGCCGGCUCAUCCCUUCCCCUCCGUCACCCCCGACCUGCUGGUGCCCAGCCCGGUGAUGACGAUGGUGCCUCCGCCCCGCGCCGCCCGCCGGCCCCCAGGCCCCGCGCCGCCCGCCCCGGCCCCGCAGCCCCUGCAGCCGCACCCGCCCGUCAUCCCCACGCCCGCACAGCCCGUCAAGACAAAAAAAGGGGUGAAGAGGAAAGCAGACACCACCACCCCCACCACCAUCGACCCGAUCCACGACUCAUCGUCGCUGCCCGCCGAGCCCAAGCCCGGCAAGCUGGGCCCGCGGCGGGAGAGCAGCCGGCCCGUCAAGGCCCCCAAGAAGGACGUGCCGGACUCGCAGCAGCACGGGGGGGACAAGGGCAGCAAGGUGUCGGAGCAGCUCAAGUACUGCGGCGGCAUCAUCAAGGAGAUGUUCGCCAAGAAGCACGCGGCCUACGCCUGGCCCUUCUACAAGCCCGUGGACGUGGAGGCCCUGGGGCUGCACGACUACUGCGACAUCAUCAAGCACCCCAUGGAUCUGAGCACAAUCAAAUCCAAGCUGGAGAGCCGGGAGUACCGGGACGCUCAGGAAUUCGCGGCCGACGUGCGGUUGAUGUUCUCCAACUGCUACAAGUACAACCCCGCCGACCACGAGGUCGUGGCCAUGGCCAGGAAGCUGCAGGACGUGUUCGAGAUGCGCUUUGCCAAGAUGCCAGACGAGCCGGAGGAGCCGGCGGUGCCGGCGUCGUCUCCGGCGGUGCCACCACCACCCACCAAGGUGGCCCCUCCAUCGUCCAGCGACAGCAGCAGCGACAGCUCCUCCGACAGCGACAGCUCCUCCGAUGAUUCCGAGGAGGAGCGGGCGCAGCGCUUGGCGGAGCUGCAGGAGCAGCUCAAGGCCGUGCACGAGCAGCUCGCGGCGCUGUCCCAGCCCCAGCAGAACAAACCAAAGAAAAAGGAGAAGGACAAGAAGGAGAAGAAGAAGGAGAAGCACAAAAAGAAGGAGGAGCUGGAAGAGGCCAAGAAAAGCAAAGCCAAGGAGCCCCAGCCCAAGAAGGCCAAGAAGAGCAACAGCAACAGCAGUGCCUCCAGCAAGAAGGAGCCGGUGGCUGCCAAGCCCAGCAAGGCCGCGCCCGCCUACGAGUCGGAGGAGGAGGAGAAGUGCAAGCCCAUGUCCUACGAGGAGAAGCGGCAGCUGAGCCUGGACAUCAACAAACUGCCCGGGGAGAAGCUGGGCCGGGUCGUGCACAUCAUCCAGUCCCGGGAGCCCUCGCUCAAGAACUCCAACCCCGACGAGAUCGAGAUCGACUUCGAGACGCUGAAGCCGUCGACGCUGCGCGAGCUGGAGCGCUACGUCACGUCCUGCCUGCGCAAGAAGAGGAAACCCCCAGCAGAGAAGGUGGACGUCCUGGCCGGCUCCUCCAAGCUCAAGGGCUUCUCGUCGUCGGAGUCGGAGUCCAGCAGCGAGUCGAGCUCCUCCGACAGCGACGAGUCGGACUCAGAAAUGGCGCCCAAGUUGAAGAAGAAGGGGCAUUCGGGGCGAGAGCAGAAGAAGCACCACCACCACCACCACCAGGCGCCGGCGCCGCCCCCUCAGCCGCAGCCCCCGGCGGUGGCCCCGGCGCCGCCUCCGGCGCAGCCCCCGCCGCCCGUCCCGGCUCCCGCCCCGCCCGUCAAGGCGUCGCCGCCGCCCUUCGUGCCCGCGGUGCCGGUGCUGGAGCACCCCCUGCCCGGCACCAUGUUCGACACCAUGGGCCACUUCGGCCAGCCCAUCCUGCACCUGCCCCAGCCCGAGCUGCCCCCACACCUGCCCCCGGCGGCCGAGCACGGCACCCCCCCCCACCUCAACCAGCACGUGGUGUCUCCUCCAGCUUUGCACAACGCUCUGCCUCAGCAGCCCUCGAGGCCCAGCAACCGCGCCGCGGCGCUGCCGCCCAAGCCCCCGCGCCCCCCGGCCGUGGCGCCGGCGCUGCCGCCGCAGCCGCUCCUGCCGCAGCCGCCGCUGCCGCAGCCGCCGCAGGUGCUGCUGGAGGACGAGGAGCCGCCGGCGCCGCCGCCGCCGCACCACGGGCUGCCCCUGAGCGCCAGCCAGAUGCAGCUGUACCUGCAGCAGCUGCAGAAGGUGCAGCCGCAGACUCCGCUUCUCCCUUCAGUGAAGGUCCAGUCGCAGGCGCCGCCGGGGCCGCCGCCGGGGCCGCCCUCGGCGCUGCCGCCGCCGCCUCCGGUGCCGCCCUCGGCGCACCCCGCGGUGCAGCAGCUGCAGCCGCCGCCGCCACCGCGCUCGCUGCACGUGCAGCCCCUGCCCUUCCCGCCCCACCUGCCGCGGCCGCGCCGCGGCCGCCCCCAGCAGCAGCAGCAGCAGCAGCAGCCCAGCAGCAGCAGCACCCCGCAGCCCCCUACAGCCCCCGCAGCCUCGGCGCAGCACGCCGGCGCCCGCCAAGCGCAGCAGGUCAUCCAGCACCACCUCGCGCGGCACCACAAACCGGACCCUACGGCAGCGGGUCACCUGCGGGAAGCCCCCUCCCCUCUCAUGAUGCAUUCCCCACAGAUGCCGCCCUUCCAGGCUCUGGUGCACCAAUCGCCACCCCAGCAGAGCAUCCAGCCAAAAAAACAGGAGCUGCGAGCGGCGUCCGUGGUGCAGUCGCAGCCCCUGGGGGGGAAGGAGGAGAAGAUCCACUCGCCCGUCGUGAGGAACGAGACCUUCAGCCCCCCCCUGCGCCAGGACCCCCCCAAGCACCCCGAGAGCAUCAAAGCACCCCCACACCUCCCCCAGAGGCCGGAGCUGAAGCCGCUGGAGGGGGCUCGAGCCGUGAUCCGGCCCCCGGAGCAGCCGCCCCCGGCCCCGGGAGCGCCCGACAAGGAGCGGCAGAAACAGGAGCCCAAAACCCCCGUGGCCCCCAAGAAGGACCUGAAGAUCAAGAACAUGGGCUCGUGGGCCUCGCUGGUGCAGAAGCACCCGGCGGCGCCCUCGGCCACGGCCAAGUCGUCGAGCGACAGCUUCGAGCAGUUCAAGCGGGCGGCGCGAGAGAAGGAGGAGCGAGAGAAGGCCCUCAAGGCCCAGGCCGAGCAGGUCGAGAGGGAGAAGGAGCGGCUGCGGCGCGAGCAGGAGAGGAUGAGGAGCUGGGAGGAGGAGGAGGCGCUGGAGCAGGCCCGGCGGGUGCACGAGGAGGUUCGGCGGCGCCAGGAGCCGCCGGUGCCGGUGCCGGUGCCGGUGGCCGUGGCGGUGUCGGCGGCGGGCGCGGCCCCGCAGGGCUCCCAGAGCUCCCAACCCCCCUCCAGCCAGGCCAUGCUGGACCAGCAGCGGGAAAUGGCCCGGAAGAGGGAGCAGGAGAGGAGGCGCCGGGAAGCCAUGGCGGCGACGAUCGACAUGAACUUCCAGAGCGACCUCCUGGCCAUUUUCGAGGAGAAUCUUUUCUAGCGGCGGCUCCGGCGGAUCCCGGGGGGGUUUUGCCCCAAACCUUUGACUCUUUCCUUUUUUUUUUUUUCUUUUUUUUUUUGGGUUCACUUUUGCUUUUUCCGACAGAAAAAAAACAAAAACAAAUUACACAAAACAGACAAAAAAGACA